AUGGCUGUUCGUUGUCAAUUCGAGAACUCGUCCGAGAUCGGCGUGUUCGCACGCCUCACCAACGGCUACUGCCUCGUCGCCAUCGGAGGCAGUGCCAACUUCUACUCGACGUUCGAGGCCGAGCUGGCCGAUGUGAUCCCCGUUGUCCACUGCUCCAUCGCAGGCACGCGUCUGGUCGGUCGUCUCACCGUCGGCAACCGUCACGGUCUGCUCGUGCCCUCGACAACCACCGACCAGGAGUUGCAGCAUUUGAGGAAUUCGUUGCCCGAGUCCGUGGCGAUUCAGCGUGUAGAAGAGCGUCUCUCUGCGCUUGGGAACGUCAUUGCUUGCAAUGACUACGUCGCAUUAGUCCACCCGGACCUGGACCGCGAAACGGAAGAAAUCAUUGCCGAUGUGCUCAAGGUCGAAGUAUUCCGCCAAACCGUCGGCGACAACGUGCUGGUCGGCUCGUACUCUGCCAUCUCGAAUCAGGGCGCCCUCACGCACCCACGAACAUCUCUGCAAGACCAGGACGAGCUCUCGUCUCUCCUCCAAGUGCCCCUUGUUGCAGGAACCGUCAACCGCGGUUCUGACCUGAUCGGCGCUGGACUGGUGGUCAACGACUUUGCCGCUUUCUGUGGCACCGACGCAACCGCCACAGAGAUCAGUGUCAUCGAAAGCGUCUUCAAGCUCAGUGGUGCCCAGAACGGCGGCGAUACCGUCAACGAGCUCAGAGAUGCUCUCGUCGAUACCUACGCUUAA